UAGGCCUCCUCUCCCAUCACGUAUCAACUGCGAGGAACUGUCUGUUGACCAUCGCUCGAGGGAAAAACUUGACUUCAGACCAUGGCUUCGACGAGCUCAACGUUAGCUUCAAUGGCCCUUCGGAACUGGCUCAUUCGACAGCAUCAAGCCUUCACCAAGGACUUUGCAACGGGUAGUUUGGCCAAUUGGGUGGUAUGCGUUGGUAAUGAAGCUGGCGAUCUUGAUACGCUCGCAUCGUCUAUCGGGUUCUCUUUCUUCGCCACGCUUGCUAGUCAGGCGAACGCAAGUAACCAGCUGGCUCGCAAUUACGUACCCGUCCAACAAACCAAGUCCACCGACUUCAACCUCAGGGCCGAGAACAUUGAAGUGCUCAAGCUGGCCAACCUCUUGGCCGAUGAUCAGCAGGUCGAUGAUCUCCCGAUGCCAGAGUUGAUAUGUUCCGAUCAAAUCGAUUUCACCAAGUUCACUGCGUACGGUGCCCAAUAUGCCUUGGUCGAUCACAACCGGAUCAACUCAUCCGUCUUUGGCGAGUCGGCCGAAGUGGUGGCCGUGAUUGACCACCAUCAGCCUGAGGCAGAAGAUACGCUCUAUCGGUCGGCCAAUCCGCGUCUGAUUCAAGUGCCGACGGGCAGCUGCGCCUCGUUGGUGACCAACCAUUUCUCGUCAGAUCUUUCGGAGACUUCGAUCCCUCCGGAGAUCGCGGACUUACUGCUCAGUGCGAUCGCCAUCGAUACCGGCAACUUCAAAUCGAUCGCCGAGGAUGGUAAAGCCACGGAGGCCGACAUGAGUGCAAAGCAAUGGCUCAAGCCGCGCUCCCGCUUUGCUCAGAAGACUGCCACUUCCUCGGUAAGUCUGUCGAGCCCUGGGCCUAUCACUAGCACUGGCUUUAAAGAGUUCUACAAACUACUCUCGAAGAUCCAGAAGGAUGUCUCGAGUCUCAGCUCGGCUCAACUCCUUCGACGUGAUUACAAGCAGUCCGAAAUCAACGGCUGGUCGCUCGGGAUCAGUUCGGCACCGACCCCUCUCGAAGUCUGGGUAUCGGAGAAGUGUGAGGGAGAUUGGAGCAGGUUCUUGGAUGGGUUGAAGGAGCAUGUCGAGAGCAAGAAGCUCGACCUGGGGAGCGUCUUGACCAGUCCAUUCAAGCCCAAAACCCAUGCUCCUCCGGGCUCAGUCGAUCCUCCCCAACCUGGCCGAAGACUCGUCCUCCUAGCGACCGGUGCACAGAGGGAUCAAGUCUCGACUUUGGUCAACCAAGAGCGGCAAACCCUUAUGGUUGAACAAUCCCUCCAACUCUCGCCCUUCAUGAGCAUCAAUGAUCCGACUCUCAUCGAUUCUUGGGCCGCCCAGAAUCAGGCGGCGGUGUUCAUCUUCAUCGUCCAAAAUCCUUCCGCUACCCGCAAACAGGUCACACCCGUCCUGCUCAAAUUGGUCGAAAAGCUCGGCCCCAAAACCAUCCUCUGAUUCUCCUCCCCCUAAUUACUGCUACGUGUUUACCUGUUGUAACCUAUCUUACCCUGCUUUUCAUCGCUCGUAUUCAUUAAGCAGACUUUUUACUAUAUCUUAUUAUAUGCAUGGAUUUAUCAUACAAAUCGAUUGUGUAGAAAUAUGAGCAUUGGAUUGGACCUCAAUUGCGUGGUGACAUCCCCGAGAGUUUGGGUUGGCGCUGAUGGCACACGAUGGAGCUGCUUGAUGUGGUUGGGUAUGCGUAGAUGAAUGGCCAGGAACAUGGAAGCUCUGUCCAUGUGUGUAAAUAUGUACCUCAAGAUUUCCCUUCUAAAAUGCCGCACCUUUCUAUUUUAUGUAGACGUUGCCCUGGAAGUUUCGAAAAUACAUAUUCUAAUGAGCCCCGGCUCCAUCCUGC